AGCAACGGCAACAACAACAACAACAAAACAUAGUCAGCGUUAUCAGCGGUACGCUAUCAACGAUUUGACCGCCAUUCCGUAACUUCGCAGUAGAUUUUGUUUUCGUUUGCGUUCGGUCGAUUGUUUACCGAAAAACCGAACGAUAUAACUUCGAAUCGCGCUCGUUCUAGUCGUUCAAUCGUUCGCAGCCGUCGUCUGCCGAACGACCGCAAUCGGCCGGCCGUGUGUAGUUGUCAAAAUUCACCGUACCCGUUUUGCAGUGGCCGUCCGUCUUUAACCUUUCUUGGGCAACAUCAGUGCCGUCUUUUCAACUGGCAGAGCAGUAUUUCUAUAAUGAACGAGAUGACUCCGGAGACUCAUGAUGAAUCCAAACCUACAGAUGAAACUGGCAAAGACAUCUCAAAUGAUAAAGAUUUUAUAAUUCAUGCUGAUGAAAAUGACGAUGAAACUACAAUGGAAGAAGAAGAAGCUCUACCUGAAUUAGAAGAUCCAAUGCGCGAAAUACGGUUCUUAGAGGAGGAAAGCCAUAUGCCUAUUGAUGAACUCAUGCUUAUGUAUGGUUAUCCAAGUGCUUAUUCAACAGAAACUAAUUCAAAUGACAAAAGAAGCAAAAAAAGAAAUCAUUCUAAGAAGAAUAAAAAUAAGAAAAGAAGGAAAGUUCCUUCGGCUACCGCAGAUGAUGUAUCAGAAAACGAAUCUAUGGAAACUGAUAAUGCAAAUGUAAAAUGUAGUUCGGCAGAAGAUGCCUCAUCUAAAACUACAACAGCUAAUGAAAACAAGGGAGACGCAUCUGAAACUGAUGCAAAUGAUGCUACUGAAAGUACUAACAACGCUGAAGAAUGUGAUGAUGAAACAGAGACCCCAUCUAAGCUCCUAGAUUUAUAUUUGGCAGAACUCGAUCAAGUACAAAGUGAAGACGAGGACGAAGAUUAUAGACCCUACUAUGAAUUACAUUGGAAGAGUGUUAAUGUUGGAUUGAAUUUCCAAGCUAUUGUGACGGAAGAGCUCACAACUUACGGUGAUGCGUUACCGUAUGAAAAUAGUGAUGAACUACUGUGGGAUCCUAAUGUUCUAUGUGAAGAUUUAAUUGAAGAAUAUCUGGUCAAGGUUCAACACAUUACAAAAGCAUUAAAACCAUCAAGCAAAGUUGUUGAUGUUCGUGAUAAUGAAAAGGCAUUAUAUUUAUUGGUACAAUGUGGGCAUGACACAGCUGAAGCCAUUCGUAGAAUGUCGUUAAAUGUUGUUCCGCUGGAAAAAACACUAAGUGUUUGGUCAGAGGAAGAGACUAAGAAAUUUGAGAAGGGACUUGAACUAAAUGGAAAAAACUUUCAUGCUAUACAGAAAGAGGUCAAAACCCGGUCUGUUGCAGAGAUAGUUCAUUUUUACUACUUUUGGAAAAAGAGUCCACGGUAUGAUGCGUUUGAAAGAAAACAAGUCGAAAUGCGUCCAGAGUUAAAACAGUGGCAUCAUUGGGAUUCUGAUGAAGAUCAAGACAGUGAUUUCGAUAACAUGUUUCAUGAAACCAGCCAUGAAGAUAGUAACGAUAGCGUGCUUUCCGGGGAUAAGGAUCAAAUGAACUGUUUAAUAUAUGCUGAUCGCAAAAGACAAGUACGAAAAAAGGGUGCUACAAGUAUUAUGCCUAAUAAUAAGUGCACCCUAUCUGGUACACGCAAUGUUUCGCCAAACAAAAAUAACUUAUAGAAUACAUUUUCAUUGCUUUUUUUAGAUUGAGCAUUAGAAAAAGCUGAUAAAGGUUUUUUAAUGCUGUUAUAUGUUUAUUGAACUGUAGUAGUUCUUCAUGCAUCUAUAGCACUUUGUGGUACAUAUAAAAGAAAAUCCAUUUGAGAAGUUUUUAUUUGCAUUUUAUGUAAAUUAUUUUAAACAUAUAAUGGUCAAAACUGGAAGUAGUAAUUAUUGAAAAUAAAUGAUCAAACUGUUGUAAGCUCAUCUUCCUUCCAAAUAUUGUGAAAAACGUAUGAGUGUCAAUUGAGUGUAAUGUGCCAAUUAUCGAAACUAUUUUUGGCCACUAUAAUGAUACAACAAAAACUGUUCAAAUCUCUCGAGAGGACAUCAAAUCACCAUUGAAAACUAAAAUAACUGAUACAAUAUUUACCUUCAACACAAGUUUUCUCAUAAUUUAUUUAUGGUAUCGAUUAUCCAACUAUUUUGUUGUUAAAGUAAUUUUAGUGUGACCUUUAGCCUUUUAAAAUUGCAGAACUUGUCAGUUAUUUUAAAGAAAAAUAAAUAAUUUGAGUUCUAUUUAUCACUUUUAAAUUAGAUUUUAGCAACAAAAUAAAAUUGUUGGUUUAAACGUUUUUUUUAGACAAAUCCUGUUAAUAUCAUAAUAUUUUGAAAUCUAUUAUUGUUUUUUUCUGCUUGAGUCAAAUAGGCCCAGAGCCGUCUAUAUAAUUUACAAUUUUUUAUAUAGAAUGUCAAAAGACUGAUUUUUAAGUUAUUUUCUUCUUAUCUUUAAAUAUAUUUGGAUACUUUUCAAUUUGUUCUACACAAUAUGAUUGUAUAAAACGCGU